ACAAAGAGACAGAGAUUGCGUUAGAGAGAGAAACCUCGGAUCCAAAUUGUUCUUCUAAACAACAAGCUUCCAAAUUCUAACACCAAAUCCAACAUCUGUUUGUAACCACUCUCUCAUGUUACUCUCUUUUGUCUUUUUUAUGUUUGAAAGCUAAGUUUUCAGAUAAAAGUGUGCAUGUGAAGACAUAGACAAUACCCACGUAGUGUUCCUUAAACACACAGCAAAAAUCCAUGCUUCUGAUUCCUGAAAACACACACUCUCUUCAAUCAUCAUUGCAUUUUCAUUUGGUGGGGUUUUCUUAGAUCUCUAAAUCAACAAUGUAGGUUGAAUUAGGGCUGUUAUAAUAGGUCUUAAGAUCUUCUAUACAAAUGGCAUUGUUCCGUAAGUUCUUCUAUAAGAAACCCCCUGAUGGGCUUCUUGAAAUCACUGAAAGGGUUUAUGUCUUCGAUUACUGCUUUACCACGGAUGUUAUAGACGAAGACGAAUACAAAGUGUAUAUAGGAGGAAUAAUUAGGCAAAUUCGCGAGCACUUCCCCGACGCUUCAUUUAUGGUGUUCAACAUGAGGGAAGGAGAAAACCAAAGCCAUAUAUCAAACAUUUUGUGUGACUAUGACAUGACCGUGAUGGACUAUCCUAGACAGUACGAAGGUUGUCCAUUACUUACCAUGGAGAUGAUCCAUCAUUUCUUAAGAUCAGGUGAAAAUUGGCUACAACUCGGGAAUCAAAAUAUCGUUUUGAUGCAUUGCGAACGAGGUGGGUGGCCUGUCUUAGCAUUUAUGCUGGCAGCACUAUUGAUUUAUAGAAAAAUGUAUACAGGGGAGCAGAAAACACUUGACAUGAUAUAUAAGCAAGCGCCUCGGGAACUUUUGCAGUUGAUGUCACCGUUGAAUCCAUUACCUUCACAAUUGAGGUAUCUUCAAUACAUAUCAAGAAGAAAUGUUGGUUCGGAAUGGCCUCCUCUGGAUAGAGCACUUACAUUGGACUGCGUAAUUAUAAGACAAAUUCCUAAUAUGGAUGGAGAGGGUGGUUGUCGUCCUAUAUUUAGGAUAUAUGGACAGGACCCCUUUAUUCCUGCAAAUCGGAGUCCCAAAGUUCUCUUUUCUACUCCAAAAAGGAGCAAACUUGUUCGGCACUAUAAACAGGCUGAUUGUGAACUUGUUAAGAUUGACAUCCAUUGUCAUGUUCAAGGCGAUGUUGUACUUGAGUGUAUUAGUCUGGACAGUGAUGUGGAACGAGAACAAAUGAUGUUCCGGGUGAUGUUUAAUACAGCAUUCAUAAGAUCAAAUAUUUUGAUGCUUAACCGCGAUGAAAUCGACAUAUUAUGGAAUACUAAAGAUCACUUCCCUAAAAAUUUCAGAGUAGAGGUUCUUUUCUCAGAUAUGGAGGCUUCUUCAUCUUCUGUUAUUUCAGUUGAUCUUCCUCGUAUUGAGGAGAAAGAAGGUCUACCUGUUGAAGCAUUCGCUAAAGUUAAGGAAAUUUUCAGCAAUGUUGAGUGGCUCGAUUCGAAGACAGAUGUAGCAAAUGUGCUCCAACAGAUCACAGCAUCGAAUAUGCUUCUAGAAAGAUUGGACAGUGGAGCUUCUGCUUCAACAAGCACCUUGCUAAACGAGUCAUUGUCCGGAAGAUUAAAAUUUGAUUCAAAGUCACAAAGCCAAACAAACAGUCCCAAAUCUUCUGUUCAUGAGGAACGUUCCGUGUCUCCAUUGCAAUUGUCCGAGGAUGUUCCUAUGGAUAAAAUGAUUAAACCAGUAAAAAUAGAGGAACUGUCAGCAGAGAAAAUCAAGACUCCUGCAAGUUUAGGUCCAGCGAGCGAACCUAUUCCUUCAUUUGUUCUGUCAAAAGAUUCAGAUUCUACUAAAAAGGAGUCUGAAUCAUCAGAACCAAAAAAGUCACUCGAAAAUGAUCCUGAAUUUCCUGCUUCCACGGCUCAGGUAGAACAAUCUAUCCCCUUAAUUGAACCAUCAAUAGAUGCAGGUUCCACGAAAAAGAAGACUGGAUCAUUGGAAUCUGAGAAAAAGAAUAUUGAAUCAUUAGCAUCAAAGGCGGUAUUGGAAAAUGACACCAUGUUUCCUGCAUCUGAAUCUAAUAUUAAUGCAAUUUCUAUGAAAAAUAUUAGACUGUUAAGAUCAAAAGAAAAGGAGAUUGAAUCAUUAUUCUCAGAGGCACUGUUGGAAAAGGAUCACAUAGUUAAAUUUGAACCGAAGACGCUGCUGGAAGUUGAUACAAAUAGUCCGAGAUCUGCAGGUCAAGAGAAAUUUUCAGUGUCCUCAUUUGAAUCAAUUGGGGAUGCUGCAAUGGAAAAGAAGAAAGAAGCUUUAGGUUUAACGGCAUCACCAGAAAAUAACAUCAAGACUCCUGCACCAACAGAUUCAAGUCCUACUGAAAUGAAGAUUGAAUCAUUAGAAUCAAAGGCACCAGUGGAAAAUGAUACCAAGUUUCCCAUGUGUCCAGCUCAAACGAAACAAUCUAUUCCUUUAAUUGAACCAUCCACAAAAGCUAAUUCAUUGGAAAAGAUGGAGAAAUUAGAGUCAAAGGAAAAGGAUAUUGAAUUGUUAGAAUCAAAGUCAUUGUUGGAAAAUGAUACCAAGGGGGAGCAAUCGGUUCCUCUAAUUCAAACAUCGAAGGAUGCAAGUUCAAUGAAAACGGUGACUGAGAAGUCAGAAUCAACGGUGUUGUCAGAAACUGAUAUCAGGAGUCCAACAUCCAAGGUUGAUAAUAAACAAAUUAGUCCCUUAAUUGAACCCUCCAUUGAUGCAAAAUCAAUUAAAAAGAAGAUUGACCCUCAACAAUUGCAGGUUUCACUUCAGCUACCAACCCAAUCUAUAAUAAUUUCUCCACGGAUACAUCAAGCUAUUCGACCUGCUUCUGCUUCUUAUUCUUCUACCUCCUUGCUAGGUUCGCCUGUAGCCAUCUCAAGAUAUCAGGGUUCACCAUCAGCUCUUGGAAUAACAACUGUGUUGCAAGAUCAUACACCGAUGGAUAUCAAAGAAGAAAUCACUCAUGCAGUGUCGAUAUCUCCUCCUUCAGACUCAAAGGCGCCAAAGUCUGUAGAGCCUUGUUCUACAAGUAUUCCUACAACAUCAUCACUGGAAUUGCUUCCAUCUUCGCCGUUGAAGUCUUCAGACUCAAAGGAGCUAAAUUCUGUAGAGCCUUGUUCUACAAGUAUUCCUACAACAUCUUCAUCACCGGAAUUGCUUCCAUCUUCGCCAUUGAAGUCUUCAGACUCACAGGGGCCAAAGUAUGUAGAACUUUGUUCUACAAGUAUUCCUACGACAUCAUCAUCACCGGAAUUGCUUCCAUCUUCGCCAUUGAAGUCUUCAGACUCAAAGGUGUCAAAGUCUGUAGAGCUUUGUUCUACAAGUAUUCCUACAACAUCAUCAUCAUCGGAAUUCCUUCCGUCUUCACCGCUGAAGUCUUCAGACUCAAAGGUGCCAAAGUCUGUAGAGCCUUGUUCUACAAGUAUUCCUACAACAUCAUCACCACCGGAAUUUCUUCCAUCUUCGCCGUUGAAAUCUUCAGACUCAAAGGCGCUAAAGUCUGCAGAGCUUUGUUCUACAAGUAUUCCUGCAACAUCUUCAUCACCGGAAUUGCUUCCAUCUUCGCCGUUGAAGUUUUCAGACUCAAAGGCCUUAAAGUCUGUAGAGCCUUGUUCUACAAGUAUUCCUACAACAUCAUCACCGCGGGAAUUGCUUCCUUCUUCGCCGUUGAAGAGUUUAGACUCAAAGGCGCUAAAGUCUGCAGAGCCUUGUUCUACAAGUAUUCCUACAACAUUAUCACCGGAAUUGCUUCCUUCUUCGCCGUUGAAGUCUUCAUCAGUGGAUCCUCUUGCUGCCAUUAUUCCUAUUCCUCCACCUCCUCCUCCUCAGCAAAGUGAAAAUUCAAUGCAUGAUACAAAUCAGAUAUCAUCGGCUAUUCCUCCUCCCCCUCCCCCUCCAUUCCUUCCUGAAACAUCUUUUUCCACUGUAGAAGAUUCAUUAAAACAUCCUCCCCCUCAUCCACCGCCUCCACCACCACCACCUCCAUCUUCAACCGGACAAACAUCAUCAUCUUCAAUACCUCCUCCUCCACUUCCUCCUCUACGGAGUAUGAACAACUCUGUUGCUAUGUCUGGUCCCCCUCCUCCACCUCCACCACCAGGCACCACACCUGGUUCCACUUCUACACCAUUAGCGCCGCCACCACCUCCUCCGCCUGGUUUUGCAAUCCAAAAUUCUCUGUCUAAUGGCCCUACAAAUAUUCCACCCGUACCCCCACCUCCUUCUCCUUCUGCCAAUGGAUUAUCAAACUCUGCUGCCUCACCACAGUCUCGUGCAAUUCCUGGACCACCUGGAACUGCACCUCCAAUUCCUGGACCACCUGGGAAUGUGCCUCCAAUUCCUGGACCACCUUCCGGUGCAUUUGGCGCAAAGGGACGCGGAUUACUACGUACUAAUGCGAAAACUCAAACUAAAAGAAGCAAUCUGAAACCUUACCAUUGGUUAAAGUUAACAAGGGCCAUGCAUGGUAGCUUGUGGGCCGAGACACAGAAACUUGAUGAAGCUUCUAGGGCUCCAGAGUUUGACAUGUCAGAACUUGAGACUCUUUUCUCUGCAAAUAAUCCAAGUUCUAGUCAUGAAAAAGGAGGAAAAUCAAAUCGCCGUGGCUCGGGCCAGAAACCUGACAAAGUUCAACUAAUUGAACUCAGGCGGGCGUAUAACUGUGAGAUUAUGCUUACAAAAGUUAAAAUCCCAUUGCCUGAUUUAAUGGGUCAUGUUCUCGCAUUGGACGAUUCCGUGUUGUAUGUUGAUCAGGUUGAGAACCUCAUAAAGUUCUGUCCGACUAAAGAAGAGAUGGACCAGCUCAAGGCAUACACUGGAGAUAAGGAAAAUUUGGGGAAGUGUGAACAGUUCUUCUUAGAAUUAAUGAAAGUUCCAAGAGUGGAAAGCAAGCUAAGAGUUUUCUGUUUUAAGAUGCAAUUCUGCUCUCAGGUUUCAGAACUCAAAAGAGACUUGAAUAUCGUAAAUUCUGCAUCUGAAGAGAUAAGGAAUUCGGUCAAAUUGAAAAGAAUCAUGCAGACCAUUCUUUCUCUUGGCAAUGCUUUGAAUCAUGGAACUGCAAGAGGUUCUGCUGUUGGGUUCCGUUUGGAUAGUCUUCUUAAACUCACUGAUACACGAGCCCGAAACAACAAAAUGACCCUCAUGCAUUAUCUUUGUAAGGUGCUUGCUGAAAAGCUUCCGGAACUUUUAGAUUUCUCCAAAGACCUGGUCAAUUUGGAGGGUGCAACCAAGAUACAAUUGAAAUAUUUGGCAGAAGAAAUGCAAGCUAUUAGUAAAGGACUGGAGAAAGUAAUUCAAGAAUUGUCGGCAUCAGAGAAUGAUGGACCCGUGUCAGAAGUCUUCUGCCAGAUUCUGAAAGAAUUUCUUAGUGAUGCUGAAGCUGAAGUGAGGUCUUUGGCUCAGCUUUAUACCAAUGUGGGUAGAAACGCGGAUGCAUUAGCAUCAUACUUCGGAGAAGACCCACAACGUUGCCCAUUUGAACAAGUUGUAGCAACUCUGAUGAACUUUGUGAGGAUGUUCAUCCGAGCACAUGACGAAAAUGUCAAGCAGAUUGAAUAUGAAAAAAAGAAAGCAGACAAGGAAGCAGCAGAAAAUGAAAAGUCGAAGCUAGCUAGAAAUGAAUCUGGACAUAUGAUGAGGACCUCCAUCAAGAGUGGUAAUAUUAAAUAGUCAUAUUUCUUUUUACAAGGCCUCAAGCUUCUGAAAAUUUUGCAACCGGUAAAUUUUGUGUAUUCAGCGAUAGCAAUGUAAAUGCUGAUCCGAUGGUGUUUUUUUCCUACAUAAGAUAGAGUAGCAUUUAACUUUUAUUUUAACUAGAGCAUUUAGAGGCACCAAUGCUGAGAAUUUUCAGUUUACACCCUUCUGCUACAUGCACUGAUGUAGACAAAUGAUUAUGUAAAUAUCAAGGUUGAUUAGAAUACAA